AUGCCCGACAUAGAUCCCGCGGCUCUAAGCCGCCCAUCUGUUAGCCUUUCCACCCCGACUCUUAAAUCAAUAACAGUUUCCGCGCCUUCUACUCAGAAAGUGACCAAAACUAGCCAAAUUAUCCCCGCCCGCAUCGAUCUCGAACCUCUAUAUACUGCUCUUAAGUCAGCAAUUGGAAAUGAACAAUGGAACACCUACAAAGAAUCAACCACCCAGUUUAUACUAGGACGCUUGAAUCAGAUAGAGUAUUCCGAACGUAUCGAUCAUAUACUAUCCAAUGGCGACAAAACUCAUCUCCACAACCAGCUUCUUGCUGCUAUAUACGGAAAUCUUACAAGGGAAAUGCCAGACCAAGGAGUUGCGCCCUGGGUUUCUGCAAAUGACAAACCCACCGCUAAUGUCGGCGCCAAGCCUGUGACCGGAGAUGCUGCCGAACGAAGACUGAAAGGAGAAGUCAUGCAACUUCCGAGUCGCGAUCGAAGACGUAUAAAGGAACUUGCUCAGAAUGACUUUGACCCCUUCGAAUCUUUGGCAGCCGUGUUUUCGGAACACCACCGAAGCAGAAUAGCUCGCGUACCGGACAUACCUCAAAGUGCCAAUGCCAAUGACUUGAACAAAAUGAACUGGGACCUCGAGAUUCGCAAACGAUUUGCACAACCCUUGGCAGUGGAGUCGGGCGAAUUUCCGGACAUAACAAGCAUUGAAUCAAGGAUGCUUCCUAUCUGCUACGAAGCAGGACUUGUUAACGGCCAUUCUUCAGAUGCUACACAAUUCAUGACUGUUGCCGCCGAGACUUUUAUCAAGGAAUUUCUUUCGACAGUAUUUACUAGGACGAGGAGCAAUGGGCCUGGCGAUUCUGGGAGUGCUGGAUUCGGUUCCGGGGCCAACUGGAUUCAAACACACAAGUAUCGCCGCCAACUAAGACGAGAAGAAGUAGCCUUUUCUAGAGGGGAGUUGUCUAGAGAUAAGAGCGGACUCCUACCCGUCGAAGCAAAAGCUGCUAGCGAACGAUCCCCGCUAAGUAUGGCCGAUUUACGACUCGCUCUAGAAAUAGGUGACUGUGGCAUCAGUUCGUUUCCUAUCAUCAGGAAGUCAGUCAUAUACAACUAUAGGGAUGGCGAACUCGAAAAUUACAACAACUAUACCUGGCUCCACGACCAAAAACCCAGAGAUUUUGAAGAUGCAGCCAUCAAUGGUACCGGUCAACAUGGUCCUAUGAAUGGCGGUGCCUACCCAGAACCAAUGGACAUAGACGAAGAGCCGAUAGUAUGGGAGGGUGCAAAUAACGAGGAUACGUCGAUGCUAGACAAUGUUUUGGAUUCAUGCCUCGCAGUCCCUUAG